CUCAGCGGAAGAUGGCGCACGCACUGCAGCGCUACCGGCGGGCUCAAGUGUCCGAAUUCAUUUGUUUUAAUUCACACUUUCCAGUGAACUUUAUUAGUGAACUAAUGUAGAGAAUAGCGAAUGAGGGAUUCUAGAACUAUUUCGGACACAGCCUGGAGAUCAAUACACCAUUUAUACUUUAAAGUAAAUAUAUAACGCAUUUUUAAUUGUUAUUUGUUAAAAUCGUAGCACCUAAUUUUGUUAUUUUAUAUAUUUUAUAUAUUGCUAUGCAGGAUAAAAACAACGCUUAGAUAUGCAUUGCUAUGGUAAAAUGGACGGCACAGUACAAAAACAAAACAAGGGUAAUGCGUACUUAAACAUAUGUAAACAGAAUAGUAAAAUCUUUAUUCAUUUAGAUGUGUUUUUCAUAACAAAUAGCCCUCAAUUCGCAUUGCAUAACUCCAAGAGGUCAACAGUACACGGUUACAGAGACGAGGCGGGAAACUUUGUUUCUUUCCCGUCCACUAAUUGGUGAAACGCUGUGGUAUUUUCGACAUCUGCAAUUCUAUUGGCUAACCCCAACGCCGUGCAACUACAGCAGCCAAUAGGAUAUGACAAAUAACGCCGAAAUACGUGUCACCUCUUACAGGAACCAAUAGGAGUUGGACUAUGGAUGCAAAGGAUUGGUUGAAUUCAUUUCUAGUAGGAGACUUGUGUGUGUACGAAAACAAACGCUAAACGUUUAAUGCUAAUAUUUCACCUGAAAUACUUCUCUGGACUUCAUUUUGCGCUUUUAUAAUAAUAUUUUGGACAAUAAAUGUUAAAUGAUGGAAUAUGACCACAGCAGAGGCAGACGGAGGCUGCACUGGUAGCCAGCAGGAAGAGCUAGCCUGCUAGCUUUACUACGGACAAAUCGAUCAGAAAUUUGAAAGAAAGCCCGUCAGCAUGUUGAUGGUGGGCGACCAUGGAGGGAUCCAAUAGAAUGAGCGUGAGAGAGCUUUGCGAGACGGAUGAUUUGGCAACGAGUCUGGUGCUGGAUCCCUUACUGGGGUUCAGCACCCACAAGAUGAACAUAAGUCCUCCCCCAGAGAUUCGGCGAUGGGGCUACCUCAGAGAGACGCUGCUGCGGUUCAAACGAACACAUGACUUUCAGGCUACAUUUGAUGCUCUGUUGGAUGGAGAAAUGGUCAGUGACUAUUUCACUGGACUGGGUGCACAUCGACAAGAGCUGUUGAAGCAGCAUAUGUAUCGCUACAUAAAAGCAUUUCUGUUGGACAGUGGAGUAAAUAUUGAGCCAUGCAACCGCUAUUCCUCAGAGACAAAUGGAGCCAAAAUCACAUCCACCCGACAAUGGAGUGUCGGAGAGCAGGUGGAGGUACUUCAGGGUUGCAUAGCUGAGCUAAGCCCUGAAGACAGUGCAGUGCUGAGAGCAGGAGUCAACGACUUCAGUGUCAUGUACUCAACACGCAAAAGAUGUGCUCAGCUUUGGUUGGGGCCUGCUGCUUUCAUCAAUCAUGACUGCAGACCCAACUGUAAGUUUGUCCCUGGAGAUAAGAAUGGAGCUUGUGUGAAAGUGGUUCGACCCAUCUCACCAGGGGAAGAGAUUACCUGUUACUAUGGGGACAGCUUUUUUGGGGAGAAUAAUGAAAUGUGUGAAUGUUGCACGUGUGAGAGGAGAGGAGAAGGAUCAUUUAAGAAAAGAGACAAGUCGCCAGACUCCGUUUGCUCCAGUGAAGCUGUGGGACAGAAAUACGAGUUUAGAGAGACUGAUUUGAGACUUAACCGAAACAGGGGAAAUGGCACUCCAAAGCCACUUCUCACUUUAACAAACUCUGCUUUGCCAAUGAGGAAUACUUUAUCCCAUCGGACGAAGAGGAACGCCCUUGUUUUAAGCAGGAUGAGAAAGACUGAUAGGAGGAGGAGGGAGGAGCUUUGCAAACAGGUGGAAAAAAGAACACAAAACCUCCCAUUAUCUUUGUCUCAUGUCAGACUUAAAGAGCUACGUGUUUGCCUUCAUCAGCACACGGCAGAAUUUCUGUUAAGCUGUAAAGACCCUACAAGCAACGAAAGGGCCCAACUAUACCUAAUUGAGAACGAGAGACCAAAACCAGGGAGCAUAACUACGAAAAAUGAAUUGAUUUCUCAGCCCACCAGUAAUGCUAACCAAGAUGGACCACAGGACCUAAAGGAUCAAGACAUGUUAAAGAAAGACCCUGUUUUUAGGUUUAAACCUUUUACUCUUGGAUGUGUUUCCAGUGUCCGUGAAAGAGAUGACAUGAAAGCCAAGGGACGUAGUGUUGAUGCAUCGUCCGUCAAAAUUGUCCACCAGAAGGCCAUUGCCUCAAGGACCAGGAAUAUGCUUUCUAGUCGUCGGAGAGGUUUCAGAGCAAGGAAUCGAUCUGCGCUCUCCCGGUUCAAUAAAAGGAGGACCCAACUGAUCAAGGAGAAUUCUAAUCAUUCAGCAGAGAGAAAGGCUGGCCUUCAGACACAGGGAAGGCUUAAAAAAGGAAGUGAAGUUGACAUCAAUAAUCCAGAUUUAAUCUCUACAGGGAAACCAAGCAAGGAUACACAUAUACCUAUUGGUGAGGAAACGGCUAAUGGUAAUAAAUCAUCACAAACAGAGUGCAUGGUAAUUAGAGAGACACAACAGAGGUUCUUGACAGAUUGUCUCAGGGAGGUGGCUGGUGGCAGGGGACAUGCACACGCUUCCAGUGCAACUAAGCAAGGUGAUGACAGUUCCUGUGUAGCUCCAGAGACCUCAGGGGAUAACAAGCAAAACCAAUGGCCCUCUGUUGCUUUUAGCACUGUAAACAUACCCUCCUCGUCUUCAUCUUUGCAUAAUUCUGUCUCUCUCCACUCAGGGUUAAAUCGUUACCUCAAAGUCAGUCUGGUCAGGGUAGCUGUCCCUGGAGAGAGAAACAAAGUUGAAAGUACAGGUCAGAGGCAGGCAGACAGUGGAAAAGAUGAGGGUACUACACGAGCAGCAGCACAGGGGAGAAAAGAAACCAAUAAACCAGGUAAGAAAGGGGUAAAGGAGAUGUAUUUCACACCAGUAAAUGUAAAGAGUGCAGAUAAGUACUUAAAAGUAACAUGUGAUUUAUUACCAUCUGCUUCAGAUACGUGCACCGAUUCUAACGAAAAGGCAGUUAAAAUACAAACUGUAGAGAAAGAACUUGCAGGUGUGUGUGAUAAGAGUCACCACAAUGAGCAUGAAAUUAAAGGUAACCAAAGUAAGGGUUGUAAUGUUGAGAUCACUGUUCCAGAAGAUUCUAUAAAGCAAAACUCUAGGAAUGGUUUAAAGAAACGAACAAGAGCAUCAAAGUGCUCUAAGAAGCAAAGUGCUCAGAGCUUACCUGAGGUACAAGAUAAAGAAGGCAGUGCCAAGCAGAAGGAAGAGGUAACUGCUGAGAAAAAAGAUUUAGAUAAGAAGGAAUUAAUAGUGCAUUUUGGAAGCAAGACUGUAGUCAUAAAAGAGGCGAAGGUGCUGCUGUCGGAUUUUAGUAAGAGUCAGAGUGAAAGGUUUUGUCAGCUAGAUAAGAAUGCUAAUGAUCACAUUGAUAAAGUAGAUAAUGUGAAAGCACCAUCACUUGCUGAAAGUAUGAACUUGGAUAAAAGUGAUGCACUCAGUACAGGAAAUGAACACCAUAAUCUGGAACUCGCUUUAGUGGAUCAGCCAAAUAUAAAUAUAGCCGCUCAAAUGGCUGAAACGCAACAGUCAGAGAAGACUUUGCUUUCCUCUGAGCCUCCCUCUGUAGGCAAGGUGUCUCUGGAUCACAGUCCCCAGAGCAGCAUUCCCCUGAAGAAGCGUGCUUUUCGUGAAUCACUUGAUACAGAGCCAGAUCAGGAUGUUAAUGCUCCUGCAGCAACACAGUUCUGUACAGAUGUUAGUAAUGACAAAGAACCCAGGCUGGACAAUCUGCUAUGCAAGCCAAGCGACAACAGCAGUGAAAAGACAACACAGCUGAAAGUUCCAAAAUCUGAAUUCGGUUCAACUCAUAAAGACAAUACUAGUGUUGGAUCAAAAAAUCGUGGGUCCUCCAAAGCUCAAUCUAAACAGCGCUGCAAAGGUCAUCAGAGUGCUCAGGCUGAAAAAGUGCAAAGCAAAGUCACAGUCUCCGAAUCCAGGGAUAGCAUAACCGAUGUAUCUGUUGAAGACACACAAAGUGAACCUAAGAAUAAGAAACCUAAAGUUAAACUAGAACCAGUGGAAUGCCAGAAGAGCGAAAGACAGGAGAACAAAAAUGAUUCCUUAAGUAGUGAGGAAAGAAUGGAAAACAAAAGCGAUCUGAUAAAGAAUGAUAUAGAAGGUGCAAUUCGAAAUGAGUCUUCUACCUCAAGUGUUUCUGACAAGAUCGAGGACGAGCAGAAGCAAAACCUCAGAAUCUGUCUGAAAAGAAAAGAGGGAAAGGAAUGGGAAAUGAAGAUUGCGGAUGAAGCUGGCAGUAUUCUGGGGAAAUCAAGCCCACAGCAAUGUUUGACUGUAGAUGACCCUUUUAGAGCCAUUUUGGAUUCAGUCUCUAUUUUAAAUGCAGAGAUGGAAAGGAUUCGUGGUCAUGGGGAGGCAGAUAAGGGUGUAGAUUUGAAGAAGGCUACAAAAGCAGUCCAAGAUGUUAUAGAACAUUGCAGAAAAAAAUGUGUAACUAAGCAAAGGAAAAGGCAAACAAGCAUUUCGAUGUUGUGCACCAACAAGCAAAAAGUAAGCCCACCGAAGAAUAUAGUUCAAGAUGUAGGCGAUGUUCGAGAUGUGCAAAUACAACAAAAUCUUUCUGCUCUCAAAGUUGAGGAGGACAUUGAGGUUAAACCAUUACCUCCAAUACGAUUGCGCAGGAGGGCUGAGGACAAAUGGGAGGUAGAGUGGAAAGAAGCUCAGAAACAAGAUGGGAAUACGGUUUCUGUGCACAUGGAGCCAAAGAAAUUAACAUCUGUCUCUUCUAAAAUGCCAAUACUUGAACCGAUGCCGCAUAGCAAAAUUAAAGAGGAAUAUCUUUCUCCCUGCAAGAAAGGGAUGGUGGCGCAUAGUAGUGACAAGAGUACAGAGGCCCUCAAACAUUCACUUUGUUUUGAGGAUUCACCUUUACCAUUAGCCCUUUCUUCUUUGUCACUUAACUCACCCUGCUGUGAGGGGCUGACGGAUGUCAGUUCUAUUAGAGGCAGUAUUCAAGCAAAAGAGAAUAUUAGAGAGCAGACCGUUUCGGACAAUAUUGACAGAAAUUAUGGAGUUGGUAGAACUGAGACUAGAGAAAUGAAUGAGUUUUGCUUGAGUCACAAUCUGCUUCAGAUUAACAACAGUCUGUCAAGACUACAGGCUUUACAGAGCCAGCCACAGGUACCUGAGAAAGAUGUGUCUAUUAAUCCCAAUAUAAGCACUUCUCAGAAUCCGUCUCCUUCCAUCUCCCCCUUUUCCACAGAAUGCAGCUUUAGUAACUAUACAGAAGAUGAACUUGACUUUCCUUGUUUGAAUCUUGAAAGCUAUGAUCAAAUGCAGACACAAAACAGUUUAUUAGAUUACUGUCCUGGAGAAACACAUAACACAGGGUCUUUCGAAAGCUCCUUCCCUCAAAGUCCCACUGAUGCAUGGGAUCCGGCCACCCCUUACCUAGGAUCACCAAGCCCAGUGAGUAACUUUAGUAACGAGGAAGAUCUAAGUUUCCCAGAUCUUGUCUUUGCUCAAUCUGAUACAUCCUCAUCUAGCAGUGGCCCUAAUCUGCUCUUCAAAGAUAAAUUAUGUAAUACAGCCAUGAGUUCUGAUCAUGUUCAAGACUCUGAGAAUGGUCUAUACUUGUCCGAUGGCAAGUUGUCAAAAAAUCCAGCGGUUCACCAGGAACAGGAAGACUCAGCAACACAGUUUCUCAGCAAAGACUGGGUUACGUUCAAUGAUACUGCUACAAAUGCUAGACAGUGUGCACACACAACUGCACGUUUUCAUCCUCAGGAUAAAAAGUUGAACAUUUUUGAUUCUAUUGUUAGCACAAAGACUCUGUCAACUGAAUCAAGCUCUGCCAAAAUGCAACCUAAAGACAAAACUCAUGAAACACUCAGCUCACACAGCUCAAAUAAUAAAUCCCAGUCUGUUAUUCUAAGCCAAUCAAUGCAAAGCCUGUCUGGUGCUGGACGUCAGAGUAACCUCGUCACGCCCUUCCAUUCCCUUCAUGCAGGAAAUAAGUCCACCACACAUGCUGAGUUCCUAGGGGCGUUCAACUCCGGUAAUGCAUUUUUCCGUGAUAAGAAACAUCCUUUAUUUCAGAACCCCAGAAAUGUCUUGAAAACCGAGGGAGUUCAGAAUGCUUUUAAAAGUUCUGUGGCUGCAGGCAGCCCCAAAUCUACCAACAACAUGGAUAAAAGCUUUGCUUGUUCCCCAGGACCCUCAAGCUCUCACAGUGCAAAAGAUUCUGCAGCUAGAUGUCCUAAUGCUGGAUUCCUGAAAUCAACUGAAAAUCGACAGAGUAGCUCCAAGAACAUCCCAUCAAAACAGCAAUCUGCCGCUCCUUGUCAGCAGAACGUUCCCAUUUACCCCGUUUAUUUUGUUAGCUCCAGCAAAACCACGGCAAAUGCUUUCAAGAACAUUACAGAUAUAAAGCCCCAAAUCCCAAGGAACGAUAAAGAUCCUUCCUUACCGUCAACGUCUUUGUUUUCCUCUACCCAAAAUUCGCAAUGUUACAAGAUACCACAAAGAAAAAUCCCAAAUUUGGAGAAACCUCAUGCUGUUGUGGCUCCCACUCAAAACGCCCAACUCUCUGGAAUGGCUAAUUCUCAGCCUAAUAAGAAUGGGAUGUAUCAGAAUGUUUCCCACUGUGAUCAUUCUUCUGGGUUCAACUUCAGCUCUUCCAUGUCACCUCCUUUAUCACAGCACAUCAGUCCUCAACUAGGAUACAGAGAAUCAACCCAUGAGGUCCCAGUGAUUAAAACUCAGUCAACCACAUUUGAACACAGUCAACCUUCUCAUCAGUCUUAUGUUGUGAACUUCACUGGAGAUCAUUCUGUUACUUUGGGAUAUAGCAGUGAUGGUGAAUGCUUGAAUUACUCUGGUUCAGGACCUGCAAAUUACACUUACCAUUGUCUCAUGGAGCCUUCGGGAACCCAAGGAAGACUGGUUGUAGAAGCGUGUGGCCCUUCACCUUCUCCCUCUAUGGAUCGGUGUACAGGGCCAAAAGUCCAAGGAAGCCAAAUUGGUAAAGAUCCACAGCAGCAGGCCCAGCCAGGAACUAACUCAUAUAAUUCUCUGCACUUCUCCACCUCACACUCACAAAGCACCCCCAUAACGGAUCGCAAGCCGAAGAGACUAAGGCUUGUGGUGACGGAUGGUACUGUAGAUCUGGACCUACAAUAUACUGAUUGAUAAUGACCAUUUGUUGUUGCAAUGGCAUAUUUCUGAGAUAUUUAUUUGAAACAACUUUAAUGUGAUAAGUUGUGUUUAUUAAACAUUUUUGGCUUUAUGUAAAA